ACACAUGACGCAACUUAAAAAGGAUCGUCCACAUGAGCGUUUUCUACCCAAACCAUCGCUAUGGUAACAUGUACGCAAGCAUUUUCUUUGUGAAUAUUCUAGUCAUACUGUAGUCAGCAUGAGGAUUAUAGUGCUAAUAGUGCUCUGUACGCUGUACUUGCUGUACCUGCUUGACACAGUUGGAGCCAUCAAAUGUUGGGUGUGCCGAUCCGAUGCAGAUCCGCGGUGCGUAGAUCCUUUCGAUAACACUACUAUUCCCAUCUUCGACUGUGAUACGGCUAAAUUGGAGCAGUUUCCAGGCUUGAAGGCCAGCAUGUGCCGGAAAAUCAGACAGAAAGUGCACGGAGAUUGGCGAUUCAUCCGCACCUGUGCUUUCCUUGGCAGCCCAGGAGAAGGAACUGGCAAUGAAAACUAUUGCACAAUGCGAACUGGUACCUACAAUGUGUUUAUGGAAACGUGCACUUGCAACAGUAAAGAUGGCUGCAACGAUGCAAUGACUAUUCGCUUGUCUUACGCAGCCAUUUUACUCUGCAGCCUGUUAUUGCUCAAGAUAACGAUUUUCCAAUUUGGUUGAGAUGAACUGAAGAAUUAUAGACUAUAGUUUCAGAAAGGGAACAUUAUCAUUCUAACCAAAGAUCUUAGCAAGUGACUCCGACAGUUUCAAUUUCAUUUUUAGAAUAAAGUGGCGAAACCAACUUUAUUCUUGACAUCAUAAAAUAAGUUAAUGUUCUUAUUAAGAGCCCUUAUUUUAGGGUUGCUUUUUUGAAUAGUACGUUAGAGUUAUUUUUUAUUUUUGGAUUAUAUUGUUUUCAUUGCAAACAAAAUUUACAGCCAAGAUUUUGAGGACGAUUCUCGUACCAGUCGAACUUCUUUUGAUGUCGAUUUCGACCAGUUGCGUGGACGAAUUAGCAUCUGAUUCACCAACCAGAUGUCAUGUUUGUCACGUGAGCGGUUUAAAAACGAUGGCGAAGUUAAAUUUGAGACGUAUGAGAAUCAAACCACUUAUUUUAUAAAAAAGACUGGCAAAUUUUAAAGUUUCGUCAUUUGGUUUGAAAUGAAAACAAAUGCCGAUUUUUAUUCUUGUUUUUUUCUCUAUUUUUUUCUUCAUUAUUAAUGCUUAUUUUUAAGUGCUAUUUUGGUUUGGUUUUAGAAUUUAGAGGAAGGAGAGAGUUCGUUACAUUGGUGGAGCUUAAAGCCAUUUCUUAACAUCCCCAUGCUCGAUACUAAAUUAUCCAGUGUGAAGCAUCACGAGCAUGUUGUCAUAUUCCUACGAUGUUUUUUGCAGGAUGGCUUCCUUUGUACGGAAUUAAAUAGUUUCAUAUUCAAUAGUGAAGCACUAUUUAUACGUUUUUGAAGGGACUGUUUGAAAAAAGUGUAUAAAUAAAAGACGUAUAUUAGAUGUAUGUUAAUGUGUAUUAGACUCUGCAGGGAGAAUUUAAAAAACGUGUAAUUAACAAAAACGUAUAAACGAUGCUCCACGGUAUUCUAUAUGAUAUGUUAAAUGAUUCAAAUUUUAUAUUAAAGCGCAUAAAUAACAGGACGUUGUUUUUUGCACAGGAUCUUUACUUAUCUUCGCGCUAUGCUUUGUUCCUGGUGAAAUCAAUCAAAAUCUGCUAUGCACAACGAAGGGCUUCUCUUCUUUCUCCACGUCUUAGAAUUGUUGUUUUACUUUAGGAUCAGUGUUAUUUGGGGUUCAAGUUUAAAUUAGGAAAAAUAUUUAUUUCUUGCAAAGAACUCUGACAAUUUUAAUCUCAUUCUUUCGUUAGUUGGUGUAGAUUAAAAACCCUAGAUAUUGUCACACAUUCUUCGUUUGGUGCUUUUGUAUGGAUGCUUACUUUUGGGCAGCUCAUUUUGUGACAAUAGAUUUUGAUAUUUUCGUGUCAUGUUUACGUUGUUUUGUAUGCAGCGACUUAAAAUGCUCUGUUGUAUUUUAAUUAGAGAAACAUGCUCAAGCCUCUCAUUCCAAGUGCCUUAAAACCUAUAAACGUUCUUGUGUAAGAUACACUUUUGUAAAAGUAUGCACAUCAAUAUUGAAAUGAAUCUCUUUUGGCAUUAACAGAUUUUUUUUUUCGUAUGAAUUUUUAUCAAUUAUUAUUUUAACUUGCUUAGCAGGUUAGGUUUACUUUACAAUUGAUUCAUUUAUCAUUAGCACAAACCAUUUUUGAAUCUGUUCUUUCAUAAUUCCAACGGAAGACUAUUUUAGCCUUAUUGAAAUUAAGGCUACAAAAAUGUUAUUUUUGAUUUUAAGACCUGUUAUAAUAUUUACCUACAUUAAUCUAGAAUCUAAAUUGUAUUUUUUUUUGAUAAAUUUUAACUUGUGAAGUGAACCGCAACAGUUACAAAGCUUGGUUCUAAAUUAUUUUUAAUAUAUUGGUCUCUUAAUGCUCAAAUGACUUCUGAAAAUUUUUAGAAGAGCAUUUUUGAAGUUUAGUUUUGUGUAAAAAUACAGAACUGUUAUUCAGCAGUUCUGAAAUUAUAGAAUUUUCUACCUUAAAAACUCACACAGAAAAAAACUAAACUUGGUGAUUAUUUAUUCUUGGUUAGUUAGUCAUCUUCCAAUUUUGCUUACCUCAAUUUUGCAAAUAAUACCACUGAAUCACAUUUGUGCAGUAAUCACCCAGUUGUAGUAUCAUUCAGAUAUAGCUUAAAUAAAUGGGUAUUUGUUAAAAUGUUUACAAUAAAAAAUAUUUGAACUUUGUUAUAAUAAAAUAGAUUAUUGAAAUUUAUUGACCUAAUUUAAGAACGUAUAUUACUGUUGAUGCCUUCUCAUUAGGUUGUUUUCAUUGAUGAAACUCUUACAAUAUCGUUUAUUGUUAAUACUUUAUUUAACUACGCAUUUUAUUAAAAUCUAAUGGAUUCUAUAUUCUUGUAUUUAUGCAUAUUUUAUUCAAUAUUCAAACAUUGAGCUAUUUUUUCCGUCCAAAUAGUGUGAUGCUAUACAUGUGAUUUUACAAAGAUCUGAUUUUAUAGCUGAACUUUAAUUGCUCUCUCUCAUUUAAAAUUUUCCUAAGUUUUUAACAUUAAUUUCUUAAGUUUAGGAAAAUGUAUUCUUUAAGAAUGAAUUGCCAUCAUUUGUGCAACGUUUAAUGAAAUAUUUAUUUUGUGAGACAAGUUUUUCUUAAUUGUGGAAAUUUUUUUGCAUUAAUUCUUCAUCACUGUAUUUGUAACUUUUCCUUUUUUUUAUGAAGAUACUUUCAUGAAGUACCAUAGGUGUAAUGUACAAAGUAUCUUGUACAAAAUUAAGAAAAGCGUCGAGAAUUUUAAAUUGCGAUAUUCACUUCUGUUAUUGUUGGUGAGUGCAAGUUUUAUUGAUAUCAGUAUGAACUACUAUUGCAACACUAUUUGAUAAUAUCUUUGUAUGCUUGUUAAAAUGCUAAAUUGUUCUUUUGAAUUAUACUGUUAUUUAUACCGUCGUAUGCUAAGAAUCAAACUUUUUUUUAUUUGUUUGGACUUUAUUAAGUUCUGAUUAGAAUAUGUAAAAUGAUGGAUGUAGGGGCAAUUUUUUUUACAACAUUUAAAUAAGCAAAGCAUUCCAUGCUCAAUUUUAAAUUUAGCACACAACAUAUCUCUAUUUCGUAUAUAUUUUUUAAUGGUUUUCUAAAUAAAUCAUAUGCAUGUGUCAUUUAAUUUAUUGUGCUUUAACGUGUCUCAUAAACUUAUCAACUUUUUUGAAAGCAGUGGCUAAAUAGAAAUCAUGUCAUCGCUAUUCAGUGAAAAAAUGGCAGACGAAACACAAAAAGCAACUAUGCAACUUUUAAAUUAUUAUUCAAUGUUAAGGUAUAAAAACAAUUUCACAGGAUAUUUAUUCAUUAUGCAUUAGAAUUUUUUACCUUAGUUCACACAUAUAUUUCUGCUGAAAAGGUCGUUUUCAUUCAGUAAUUAUGAGAAACACCUUCCCUGAAAAACAAUAUUUUAGAAAAAAAGACUACCCAACAAAUUUUGUUACAUAAUUAUAUUUGAAUACUUCUCAAUGUGAAACUAAGUUUUGGGCAGCGUAACAUUUUGAACAAUUUUUAUGGUUUUUAGUUGAUAUAUUCACUCUCAUUUGCAGCUUUAAAAUUCAAUAAUUGUGUACAUUUUUGAAGAAAAAUUGUUUACAUGGAAGUUUUUGUACUUGUAGUUACAUUUUUACACUAUGAUAAAUAAAAUCAUUUGAAUUUUA